AUGAUAGGAUUAAAUAACUUUGAGACUUAAUUAAUCGUAAAGAAUUUAAGUGAUACUUUAAUGAAAUUGCCAACUUACCUCAACCGUGGAGGAUUAGAAUUGCCCUUGGCAUGUGAUUUAAGAGUAGUAACAAAGUCAUCUAUAUUUUCUUACCUGAAAUAGGAUUAGCAAUUAUACCAAGAGAUGUUAAAUCUAAAAACACCUAGGGUGAUUGGUGUAGCGUUGGCAUAAGAAUUAACUAUAUAGGAAGAAGAUAAAAUGUUGAAGAUUCAUGAAAAAUAGGAUUAGUUAAUAAUGUAUAUGAAGAUGGAUAUAGAUAUUUAAAAUAGUCCAAUAGGAGUUAGAACAGCCAAGGCAGAUAUUAAUAAAGGAAUUGAAGUCGAUAUGUAAAGAGAAUUUAAAAUGAGGAAUAUUUGUAUUAUUAAAUUUGCCACAAUUAGGAUAGAUUAGAAGGAUUGA